AUGGACCCUGCAGCAGUGACGCGCGCUGUCGGACAGACAGACGUUGCGCCGAUUCGAAACGAGCAAAGGCGCCUGCAGUUGGCCAUCGACAGCGCCGCCGCUGACAAUGCCAUGUGCAUGCACUCCCAGUCCAUUUGUCGCUGUCUUCUGUAUACACCUGUUGCUCGCACAUUUCCCCUAACCUUCCUAGGUCGAGGUCGAGGUCGAGUCGAAGCAAACACCAGCGAUUGUGGGCCACCAUCGUUGAUGACCAAGUAA